AUGGGCUGUGUUUGGUUUGGCCUUCAGGGCCCAUGGCGCCUAGCCACCAUCCACACUGGAUCCCGCGCCGCUCAGUCGGAAGAGGAGGCCGCCGCGGCAGCCAAAGAGCGCGACGCCGCUCUCCCCUCCGACGCUGACACCGACGAUAGGGACGACGACGGCACCCCUCCUGACUCCGGGCCUCGCGAUCUACACCACGCCCUGCUACUCCACGAAGCUGCGGCCAUCGUGAACCUUCACGCGCUGGCGGUGGCAGUCCAGAACAUCCGGAGCUUGAUCCCCGUCGUCCUCGACGUCUCCGGCAACUAUGCGCGCUGGAAGGAUCAGUUCCUCCUCGUCGUCGGCAAGUUCUCCCUUCGCGACCACGUCCUCUCCGACGCCCCUCUUGCUGCUACCCAACCUGACUGGGCGCGCAUGGACUGCGUCGUGAAGUCCUGGAUCCUCGGCUCCAACUCCGAUGAUCCCGCCGACACCAUCUCCGUGGGUGCCAUCUCUACGCGCGACGCCUGGCUUGCCGUGGAAACACAGUUCCUCGGCAACCGCGAGACGCGCGCCCUCUACCUCGACGCCGAGUUCCGCGGGUUCUCCCAAGGUGAUCUCUCCAUCACGGAUUACUGCAGGCAUCUCCAGCAGAUGGUUACCGACCUUGGCGCGCUCAGCGAGGUCGUCUCGGAUCGGACUCUCGUCCUCAACCUCAUCCGAGGCCUCAACGAGCGCUACGCCAACAUCGGUCUUCACCUUCGGCGGAGCCAACCCUUCCCCUCCUUCCUGGAGGCGAAGGAGGCCCUGCGCUUGGAGGAACUCACCCUCGCGCACCAGGCGGCAACACCGACUGCCCUCGUCGCCACCCAGGCCGUUGCUUCUUCUCCUUCCGGUGGCACCGGUAACUCCAAGGGCGGCGGCGGCGGCUCUGGCUCCGGGGGCGCUCAGGCGAAGCCCUCCAAGAGUCGCCGCAGCAAGCGCGGCGGUGGCAACAAGAAGGACACUGGCGCAUCUUCUCAGCACCCCUCCGGUGGUGCAAAGGGGGGGCAGCAGCCCGGCACUUGGCCGACCUUCUGGAACCCUUGGAUAGGGUCCAUCCAGAUGUGGCCGGGCAACCGCCCCCCCUCCAGUGCGCCCUCCACAGCAGGCGCAGCAGUAGCAGGCGCUACUUGCUUACCAGCAGGCCCUGCGGACCGCGCCUCCACAGCCGCCUCCGAUGGUUCCACCGACUCCCAGCACUGCCUACUCCGGCCAGUGGCUUCAGCGCCUCCUUCCUUCUGGGUGGAAGCCCUCUCCACUGCUACCCACCUUCUCAACCUGCUACCCACCAAAACACUCGACUCUGCAGCACCACACCUCGUCCUCUUCGGCACCGCGCCGACGUAUGACCACCUCCGGGUCUUUGGGUGUACGUGCUACCCCAACCUGUCCACCACCGCUCCCCACAAGCUAGCUUGA